AUGGGCUCUCUUCAAAGUGACGUUCAUGACGAGGACCCUCAGAUACACCCCCUCCACUUGACGCCAUUCGAUGAGCUGCCCAACAAGAAGCGAGUAUGGCCCAGCGAUCCUAAUUCGAGAGAAGAGGGACUAGGUCGCCUCGUCCUUCUCACGCGUGACGUCGUCGCCUCUGCGGCUGCAACGAGCAUUCGAAGCGGGCGCCGUGUAAAUCUAGGCUGGGAGUUGAAUAAGCUGGAAGUCGCUAACUUCGGCCGGCUGCCUUGCAAGCACGAGAUUGUCGGCCUCCUUGACGGCGCGGCUUUUGACGACAUUUACACAUUCAACCCGCAGCAGAGCAGCCAGUGGGAUGGACUCAGGCAUUUCUCCCAGCCCGAUCCGACUGAGAGAGAGCCUGACAAGAGGGUGUUUUAUGGUGGUGUGACGAAUCACGAGAUUAUGGAUCCAACGAACCACCGGAUAGGAUUGCAAUACUGGGCGAAAGAAGGGAUCUGUGGGCGGGGUGUGCUGUUGGACUACGUUUCGUACGCAGAAAAGAGAGGCAUCGAGUAUUCGACAUUCAGCGAUCAUUCGAUCCCACUAAGUGUUCUUCUCGAGAUCGCCCGAGAGGAGAAUUUAACGUUCAAAAGGGGCGACAUUCUCUUCGUACGCGUGGGAGUGACCAAGGAAUGGGACACGCGCAUGACAGCUGAGGACAAAAAUGCCUACGCCACCGCAAAGACGCCUCAACACGCCGGCGUCGAAGGAACCGAAGAAAUGCUCCGUUGGCUGUGGGACAGUGGAUUCUCUGCCGUGGCCAGCGAUGCAAUAUCAUUUGAAGUUUAUCCUGCAAAGAAAAGUUUUCCCCGUGGUGAAGGAGAGCCUGAGGUGGAGGGACUCUUUAUGCACGAAUAUUUACUCGCGGGUUGGGGCAUGCCGAUCGGGGAGCUCUUUGAUCUUGAUGCGUUGAGUGAGAUGUGUAAGAGGGAAUCACGCUGGGAGUUUUUCGUCGCCAGCUCUCCUUUCAAUAUGAAGGGGGGUGUUAGCAGCCCGCCGAAUUGCAUAGCCAUCUUCUAA